GGCCGCUCUGGCCGCCGCUCUCGUUGGUCACCGGGGCCUCGGCGGAGCGGGCUCGGUGCCACCAGCGGGGGCAGCGGCGCCGGUCACGAUGGAGGCGCCCGGCGGGGCGGAGGGGGAGAGGUGCCCGCAUCCCAUUGGGAAGAUGCUGGAUGUGCCUUUCCUGCCCUUCUGCCUCCUCCUGGGCCUGCUGGGCUCCAUGUGCGUGGCCUUCGUCAGUGCCUGGUGCCAAUACUGGCGCGGGGGCUUCGCUUGGGAUGGCAGCACCCAGAUGUUCAACUGGCACCCGGUGCUCAUGGUCACGGGCAUGGUGGUGCUCUAUGGGGCAGCAUCCCUGGUCUAUCGCCUGCCCGCAUCCUGGAGCGGUCCCAAGCUGCCCUGGAAGGUGCUGCAUGGCUGCCUGGCCCUGGCAGCCUUCACCUUGGCUGUGCUGGGCUUAGUGGCCGUGUUCCGCUUCCAUAAUGACCAUGGCACCCCCAAUAUGUACUCCCUGCACAGCUGGUUGGGUUUGGUCACCGUCCUGCUCUUCUGCUGCCAGUGGCUGGCUGGGCUCAGCACCUUCCUGCUGCCCUGGGCUCCUGCCUGGCUCCGUGGGCUCUACAAACCCAUCCACGUCUUCUUCGGCUCCAUCAUCCUGCUGCUGGCUGCAGCCUCCUGCGUGUCAGGCAUCAAUGAGAAGCUCUUCUUCAGCCUGAAGAACGGGACAGAGCAGUACAAGCUCCUGCCUCCUGAAGCCGUCUUUGCCAACACCCUGGGGCUCCUCAUCCUGCUCUUCGCGGUGCUGGUGCUGAGUGCCCUGGCCCGGCCGAGUUGGAAGCGUCCGGAUGCUUCCUGCCCCGAUUCCCGUCAGCCACUGCUCGCUGCCGAGCGCUGAUGCCGAUGGAGCAGCCGAGGUCUAUCCCUGCCAUUCCUGAGCUGUGGAUCCAUCGCUUCCCUGCCUGCACUGCUGGAGCAGCCGAGGUCUAUCCCUGCCAUUCCCGAGCUCUGGAAGUCCAUCACUCCCCUGCCUGCAUUGCUGGAGCAGCCGAGGUAUAUCCCUGCCAUUCCCAGGAUCCCAGCCCCGAGGUCUGGAUCCCAGCUCUUCCCAGCUGGCCCUGCUCAUGCCCAUCACCUUGUCCUGCACCCAACGCUCCCAAAUCCAAGGCAGGAACACGCUCAGCUCCCUUGCAGAUGCUGCAGCCAUGGGGACAUCUCUUUGCCCCCUUUAUGGCCUGGUGCAGGAUGAGGGCAGCCACAGGGGGAUGCUCCUGCCUCCAUCCUUGUGCUUCCAUGGGGCUGGAAUCUCCCACCUGGAUCUUGGUGUGUUCCAGACCAGCUCAAGGCAGCCCCUGGAGCUGCUGGAGGAGCAUCCAUGUGCCUGGUGGGGAUGCAGGAACCCUCACCCUGUGCCUUGCCCUUCACCAAGGUGCCUCUCCCUGCACCCCACAGUGGUGGGACCAGCCCAGAAGCCUCCCAGGGCCCUCCAGGCCAUGUAAUAAAGCACUGGCUUCUGCAUCCGCA